AUGCAUACUGAUGUGCUCAUGCAAAAUGCCUGUCAAUAUGAAGAGCUUUCUCCAAAUGUCUGGUCACCAACUCACCAUCUCCCAGAAAUCAAACUGGAUGAUCCAGGACUUACAACAAAGAGGGAGCAAUCACCAUCUCAACAGUUGGCACUCCCCCUAGAAAUGAUAGACAGGCUAUAUCCAAAGACAACCUGGAUCCAUGCAUUCACAGAUGGUUCAGCAGAGAAUGCUAUACGAAAAGGUGGAAGUGGAGAAUACAUCGGUAAUCCAGAUGGCUCCUCGGCUUCCCUCUCCAUUCCAGUUGGUGAGCUAAGCUCGAACUACAGAGCAGAAUUGCAAGCCCUGAUUGCCGCGACAGAGCUUCUGAUAGAGAAAGGAAAGAAACAGAAUACAGUGCUUCUAACAGACUCCUUGUCAGCUCUCCAGUCACUUUCAUCAGGACCCUCAGAACUUCUGAUUAGACAACUGCAAGAAACAUUUAAUGCUCUUAAUCAAAGCUGCAAGGUUAUACUACAGUGGAUCCCUGCACACGUAGGAGUUGCAGGCAAGGAAAAGGCCGACCAACUGGCCAAAGCAGGCAGCUGCCUUCCACAACUCAACUCUUCCAUAUCAUACAGUGAAGCCAGCCAAUCCUAA